AUGUGUGCAUAUAAAACCAUUCGAGUACGUUUUGAAGUUUGGGGAUUUCAAACACGUGUUGAAGAUUUUACUCAACGUGCUGUACGUGAUAUUCUUAUACUUGCACAUCGACAAGCAUUUACAUGGAUGGAUGAAUGGUAUGGUAUGACUAUGAAUCAAGUUCGAGAAUAUGAACGUGAAAUGUUCGAACGAACAAAUAAAAAGGUUCUAUCAACAUCUGCAUCAACAACGAAUAAUCCUACUGCUGAUUAA